AUGAGGAUUACGGAAAUUGUCAUAGACGUGAGUACCAAAGCACCGGGGAAAUUCAUUGCGCUAACAGAGUUCCAGGGCUUCAAAUCGUACGCCGUGCGUACGGUGAUCUCGGGAUGGGACGAGUCAUUCAAUUCGAUCACCGGCCUGAACGGUAGUGGAAAAUCCAACAUCCUCGAUGCCAUUUGUUUCGUGCUAGGUAUCACCAACAUGACCACGGUCCGCGCGCAGAACCUCCAGGAUCUCAUCUACAAACGUGGCCAGGCGGGUGUCACGAAAGCCAGCGUAACAAUUGUCUUUGACAACACGGAUACAGCAAAAUCGCCAAUCGGAUUCGAGGAAUAUGCCAACAUCUCCGUUACCCGACAGAUCGUCCUCGGUGGAACGAGCAAGUACCUGAUCAACGGACACCGCGCGCAACAACAAACUGUCCAAAAUCUGUUCCAGAGUGUUCAGCUGAACAUCAACAAUCCGAAUUUCCUGAUUAUGCAAGGUCGCAUCACGAAGGUGCUCAACAUGAAGUCGGUCGAAAUUCUCUCCAUGAUCGAGGAGGCGGCGGGCACACGCAUGUUCGAGGAUCGAAGGGAAAAGGCGAACCGCACAAUGGGAAAGAAAGAGCUGAAGCUGCGCGAGAUUGAGGAAUUGCUGAAAGAAGAGAUUGAGCCAAAGCUCGAGAAGCUUCGAUCCGAAAAGCGAGCAUUCCUUGAUUUCCAGCAAACACAGAAUGAUCUCGAGCGCAUGACCAGACUGGUUGUUGCGCAUGACUAUAUUCGCGGCGGAGAGCGGCUACGGGUUGCAGGAGAGGAAUGCCAGAACAAACGGAACAAGGCGCAGGCACUCGAAGACAACGCGCAUAAGCUGAAGAGUGAAAUCGCCCACUUGGAAGAGGACGUUAAACGCGUACGCGCAACCCGCGACAAAGAACUACGAAAGGGCGGCAAAUUCCAAGGACUCGAGGAUGAAGUGAAGAACUACUCGCAUGAAUUGGUCCGGUUAUCUACAGUUUUCGAUCUCAAAAAUGCCAGCAUGGAAGAAGAGAAAGAAAAGCGCCAGGCAAUCCACCAUACCGUCGCGGAUCUCGAAAAAGCCUUGAAAGAGAAACGGAAGAUCUACGAGAAAGUACAGGCUCAGUACGACACCGCUAAGGCCGACCUAGACACACAGUCGGUGGAGGUGGAGCAAAAGGAAGAACUGCUGCAGACAUUGCAGACAGGUGUUGCUUCAAAGGAAGGCCAGGAGAGCGGAUACCAGGGACAACUCCAAGACGCACGCAAUCGCGCCAGCAAUGCCGCCACAGAACAAGAGCAGGGCAAGCUCAAGAUCAACCACCUGGAAAAGCGAAUCAAGGAAGAGGAGCCUCGGGCAAAGAAGGCCAAGGAACAGAACUCCGGUCUUCUGCAUGAUCUCGAAGGGCUGAAGUCGCAGGCCAGCAAGCUUGAAUCGGAACUGAGCCGCCUUGGAUUUGAACCCGGCAAGGAGGAGCAAAUUUACCAGGAGCAGACUGGUCUCCAAAGAGAUAUCAGGGAUCUCCGGCAACGGGCUGAUGGACUCAGGAGGCAAGCAGCAAACAUCGACUUCAACUAUGCUGACCCGCAUCCCAACUUCGACCGCUCCAAGGUCAAGGGUUUGGUCGCUCAACUCUUCACUCUUAACAAAGAUCAAGUCCCCGCGGCUACAGCCCUUGAAAUCUGUGCUGGUGGCCGUCUCUAUAACGUGGUGGUUGACAGCGCGCAGACCGGUACCCAACUGCUUCAAAAGGGCAAGUUGCGCAAGCGUGUCACUAUCAUUCCCCUGAACAAAAUCUCUGCCUUCAAGGCCUCUGUUGAGAAGAUCGGGGCCGCGCAGAACAUCGCACCAGGAAAGGUAGACCUUGCUCUAUCUUUGAUUGGACACGAUGAAGAAGUGCUCGCGGCGAUGAACUAUGUUUUCGGUAACACGCUCAUUUGUCAUGAUGCCGAAACCGCCAAAAGGGUAACCUUCGAUCCAUCAGUUCGGAUGAAGAGUGUUACGCUCGAAGGCGAUGUCUAUGACCCAUCCGGAACGCUCUCUGGUGGAAGUUCUCCCAAUUCCAGCGGUGUUCUCGUCACUUUGCAGAAGCUCAAUGAAAUUACCAAGGAACUGCGAAGCAAAGAGCGUCAACUUGCGACGUUAGAAGAUCAUAUGAACAGAGAAAAGAAGAAGCUCGACGCAGUUCGCUCCGUCAAACAGAACUUGGACCUGAAGACCCACGAGAUCAAGCUCACUGAGGAGCAGAUCAACAGCAACUCUUCAUCAUCGAUUAUCCAAGCAGUGGAAGAAAUGAGAGCCAAUAUCGAACAACUCAAGAGCGACAUUGUGGACGCCAAGGCUCGUCAAGCGACAGCAUCCAAGGACAUCAAGCAGAUUGAAAAGGAUAUGAGCGAAUUCACCGACAACAAGGACAGCAAAUUGGCAGAACUGCAGGCCUCCCUGGACAAACUCAAGAAGAGUCUGGCCAAGACCUCAAGCUCAGUAAAGGAGCUGCACAAGGAAUUGCAGACCUCCAGACUUGAUUCUGAACAAGCUGGAAGUGAUUUAUCCGCAGCUGAGGAGCAACUGGUCGAAGCAGACAACACUCUUAAAUCCCAAGCAGAGGAGAUUGAGUCACAGAAGCGUGAGCAGACACGAUUGAAGGAUGCCCAUGACCUCGCACAAGCUCAGCUCAACGAUGAAAGAGCUAAGCUGACCGGCUUUGACGAGGAGCUUCGAGAAUUAGAAUCGGCCAUGAAGAGUAAAUCUUCCCAGAUUACUGAAGAUGGUCUCGAAGCGCAGAAGCUCGGUCACCAGCUCGAAAAGCUCCAAAAAGACCAACAUACUGCUAGUCAGGCCGUGGCUCAUAUGGAGCAAGAGCAUGAGUGGAUCGCGGACGAGAAGGAGCACUUUGGCCGUGCGAAUACACCAUAUCACUUCGAAGGACAGAACAUCGCCGAGUGCAAAUCCACUCUACGGAACCUUACCGAGCGAUCUCAGGGCAUGAAGAAGAAGAUUAACCCGAAGGUUAUGAACAUGAUCGACAGCGUCGAAAAGAAAGAGGCAGCGCUGAAGAACAUGAUGAAGACUGUUAUUCGCGAUAAGCGAAAGAUCGAAGAAACCAUCAUGAACCUCAACGAAUACAAGAAAGAAGCCCUCCACAAGACCUGGGUCAAGGUCAAUGGCGACUUUGGCCAAAUUUUCAAUGAACUUCUUCCGGGCAGCUUUGCCAAGCUGGAUCCCCCCGAGGGCAAAGACAUUACCGAUGGUCUGGAGGUCAAGGUUUCUCUGGGUAAGGUCUGGAAGCAGAGUUUGACGGAACUGAGUGGUGGCCAACGUUCACUCAUUGCCCUUUCCCUGAUCAUGGCCCUGCUGCAAUUCAAGCCUGCACCCAUGUACAUUCUCGACGAGGUUGACGCUGCCCUGGAUCUGUCCCAUACGCAGAACAUUGGUCGUUUGAUCAAGACCCGCUUCAAGGGAUCUCAGUUCAUCGUCGUCUCGCUCAAGGAUGGCAUGUUCCAGAAUGCCAACCGCAUCUUCCGCACCCGUUUCAGCGAGGGUACCAGUAUUGUUCAGGCUUUGACUCCUGCGGAUAUGAAAUAA